CUUUUAAAAUUAUCUUUUCUAGGCAAUAAAAGGGGUACACUAGGUAGGACACAUCCCAUCUUUACCUGGUCACUGCUUUACUUAAAAUCACUCUGUCAAAACUUCCAGUUGUUCGCUGCGGGUCUACCCAAAAGCCAUCUCAGGAUAGACAAGAAAUAGUGGAAGUCUGCAGCAUCACACUGAUCUUCUCUCAUUUUAGCCAUGCUGAAAUUAGGCAUCAGCAGUAGUAUGGCUAAUGUCAUGGGAAUUUCUUUGCAAAUGUAACAGAUUUUUAAAUUUUCUGUCUCCAUAUGCAGCAGAAUUGCUGCACCAGCUGCCCCCAAAUCCAAGGCUGCUUUAACAAAAGAUGCUGCAGUGCCAGUUUAGCGGAGAGCAGCAGUCAGUGGCACGGCAAGGUGCAAAUGCACCACAUCUGCUUGGAGCCUCCACAGCCAGAGCAACCUGUCAGCAAGUGAAAUCCAAAUGGGACAUCCAGAGUUUACUUCUGACAAAGGAGCACACAGGAAAGGAAGGAAUACCUGGAACAAGCAACCUUGAGAAUAAGGUUCAGGCUUCGCUGCCUCCCGCAACGUGCCAGGAUGCUGCUGGGCCCAGGGAUACACGACUGCGCCGGACGCCUGCUCCCUCAGCCAAAAAGCAGGAGUUCAGGAUGGUUCCCCCACCACCUGUCAGCAAGCCCCAUGUGUGCCUCUCCACAGUGCUCAUAAUGACCAGCCUCGUCCUCAUGGAUGCCUACCUGGUGGAGCAGAGCCAGGGCUCCAGGAAGUUGGGCAUCUGUGUCAUGGUGGCAGUGGGUGACAUAUGCUUCCUGCUGGUCCUCCGCUAUGUGGCUAUCUGGGUCGGGGCAGAGGUAAAGACAGCUAAGCGAGGAUAUGCCAUGAUCCUCUGGUUCCUGUACGUCUUUGUUCUGGAGAUCAAAGUCUACUUUGUAUACCAGAAUUAUAAAGCUGACCGGAAAAGCUUGGAUCUCAUAGCCCGCAAAGCGUUGACUUUGCUGCUCUCCAUCUGCAUCCCAGCUCUCUAUGUGUUGUUGGUGGCCACAGAGCACAUGGAGUAUGUCAGAACAUUCAAGAAGAAGGAAGAUCUCCGCAACCGCCUUUUCUGGGUCAUUGUGGACAUGCUGGAUGUGCUGGACAUCCAGGCCAACCUGUGGGAGCCUCAGAAGAAAGGGCUGCCACUCUGGGCUGAGGGCAUCAUGUUCUUCUACUGCUACAUUUUGCUCCUGGUCCUGCCAUGCGUGUCUCUGUGCGAGAUCAGCAUGCAGGGGAUCGGUAUCGUGCCGCACCGGAUGAUGCUAUACCCCAUGCUGAGCAUGCUCACCAUCAACAUCGCCACCAUCUUCAUCCGAGGCAGCAACAUGGUCUUCUUCAGGGAUGCCCGGGUCUCCAGCAUCUUCAUGGGCAAGAACAUGCUGGCCAUUGGGAUGAAGGUCUGUAUGUUUGUGCAAUACCAGCGGCACCAGCACCACGCUCCCCCGGGGCCGGACCCGCAGCACAGCACCCCGGCCCAGCCGCCCACGGGGCUGCGCAAGGCCCGGGACCAACCUGCCUGCCCCGAGGAGCUGGCCCAGGACAACACGUGACGAGCCAGCAGGAGCUAGAGCCUGGGCAUCCCCGUGCCUGGCUGUACCUACAAAUCCGAGGCAGGCUGCAGAGCUCCCUGCCUGGACAGAGGGCAAUGACCCUGCUCCCUCCUUCCCUGGGCGAAACGGCUCAGGGCCCCGAGGGGCACAUGGUGAGGGCCCCCACAGCAGCCUCUGUAAGGCUGCAGAGCAGUUUGGAACCUCAGCACCCCACUUGGUAAAACAGCGGAGCAGGGGACGAGGCCAGGGCCGCCUGCCAUGAGUUCUGUUUGGGUGAGGCCAGGCUCCCUAUCAGUGCUCCCUGUGCAGCACUGCUCUCUGGCCAGCCAGGGUACCACACGGGGACACAGUGGGUCACCCACUUUUCUGUUGUGGUUGGCCCUGGCUCCAAUGUAGUCCUUGGCAGCAGCCUGUUCCCCACUGUGUGAGCUGAGGUCCCCAUGCAGGGGGAACAAGGCCUGGGCGUCCCCCUGCUGUCACCCCUCUCAGCCAGCUGCAGGCCUGGGGGGACCCAAAAAGGGGUGACUGUCCUUUUUUUUGUAUCUCCCUCUUUGCAAUAAAAGACCUGAGCCCUGCA